CCGGCUCAGAAUUCUGAUAUUGGAGUCCUUGGUCUCAUUGAAUUGAACCAGCAAGAGAGCUGGGAUUCUUGGCUUGGCUUGCAUAAGCAGGGCUAUAGUAAUCAAGAAAGUGAGAUGGGAACAUCGCGGGCUGAGAACGGAAGUCAGGCGCGGCCGUAUAAACGCAAAUUAACGGAGAAGAGACGCAUGCAGAAUCGAGCCGCACAGAGAACAUAUCGAGAGAGGCGCAAAGAAAGACUAGACUUGUUGGAACAAGCACUAGCUUCCUCGCGAACCAAAGACCAAGCAGUGCAGCAAACCAACACCACCACGGUAGCGCCGUCACAACUUCAUCCUCUUACAUCAAAUAUGCCUCACGGUGCAUCUACCAUUCAGAUUGCUUUACCAGCCUUCGAAGGUAAUAAUCGAGAGGAAGGCUUACUUGUCAAUGAAGCGCCGCAUACCCUACUUUCAGAGCCAUCUUUGCCCCCCAUAGAAGCAACACUAAAUGACUUGACAACACCGGGAAAGAAGACCUCAGAUCUAGUCCUUAACUUUAGUCUUCAUUCAGAUUUAACUGAAAAAGUAGUAGCUAAGGAACGAAACUCGCAAAGUAGAUCGAACGCUGCAGGUGAAGCACCCUUUGUUCCACAUACAAAGGGCACGACCGUUCCAUUCCCUUUAGAAAGAAGCGCUGGCACUUCUUCAAAGUCGGAUUUUCUUUCCUCAACUCUUCCAAGAGCUUCAGAGAUAAGCAUCAACCUUAUGGAAAAGCUCGAGCUGCUCAACGAAGAUGACGGUCAUAAUCUUGCGAACUUCGCGGUGACGGAGAAGCUUGAUCUGAGGAAAGUAGUGUUGGAGGGAUUACGGAUCCUCAAAUUCCAAAGCAGUGAAUACCGUGCGAUUGCCAGCAAUCCUAAUAUGAACCCGACUCACACUCCGAGAGGUGUACCCGAAUUACCACAAUCGGCCCCCUCAACCAACCUUGACCAACUCGUUCCUAUCUUACCGAACCCUUAUAACAACAACAUCUACCUUCGUCAUCAGACUAUGCAAGAAGCGUUCUGCCAAAACUCCCGGGCUAUUGGCCUGAGUCUCGAGCAAGUCAUGAAACCAGACUGUCGUUCACCCUUCUACUCCUCUUCCGCCGCAUGUCUAGCCCCAACAAUAUGCAACACUAUACCAUCGGACCUCCAACCCACACCGACCCAAAUUCAAUUUCCACAUCAUCCUUUUCUAGACCUUUUACCAUUUCCUUGGUUUCGGUCCCGAGUAAUUGCGCUUGAUGCCCUGGCUCCUUCAGGCUACAGCCGAGUUGAGCUAAAGAUGGAUAUUCUUGGUGGAGGAUUGAAUUGUUGGAAGUCAAGGGGUAGUGCAGCAGGUCAGCCGUGGGACAGAAAAAGCUGGGAAGCGGAGCCUUGGUUCCUGGCAAAGUGGGCAUGGCUUCUCGAACAAGAUGGGGAAAUCGAGCGGCAAUCGAAAUGGUGGAGAGGAUUGAGAGGAGAAUAG